ACCUGAAUAACAAGUAUAAAUACCCAAAACAUUUUCAAGAAAAAUCACACUCAACCAGUUUGAUUCUUAAGUGAAACAUCUUAAAAAAAAAACGUUUACAAAAAUGAAUCGUUUUAAAUCAACACUAUUUCUGGUACUCUUUUUGGGAGUUAACAACGCGAGAUCGUUUAAAUCGUUCCAUGAAGACGUGGAAGGCUCGGAAACAAGCGUUCCUAUUGGAUUAGGUUCGAAUUUUAUCGAUCAUUAUGGUGGAAAUUCCUUUAUUGGCGGAAGAAAUAAUUUUGGAGGUAAUCAAUUAGGUUAUCAAAACGAUUUUGGAGCUCACCAAGGAUUAGGUGGAAUUCAAUCGAGACAUAUUCGAAAUGGUUUUUCCGGAGGAGUUGGAUCAUUUCAUGGUGGUGGAGGUAAUCAAGGAUUUGAUACAUCUUUAGGAGGAAAUUUUGGUUAUCAUGGAUCAACUGGUUCAAUUAAUGGGGGAGGAUUAAUUAAUGGUGGAUCUUUAGGAAGAAAUUUUGGAAAUGGUGGAUAUCACGGAUCAACUGGUUCGAUUAAUGGAUUAGGAAAUAGUGGAUAUCACGGAUCAAUUCAUGGUGGAUCAAUCAUAAAUCAUCAUCCACAUGGUGGCGAAAUAAUCGAUCAAAGCAGUUAUAACAGUGGAAAGAAAAAUUUAGAAGACGGAAGUUUUGAAAAAUCAUCAGGAAAUCGAAUUGCUGAAUUGAGCCAAGGUGAAAAUGGUUUUACCCAAGGAAAAGUUGGCCAACAAAGUAGUAAAGGCGAUUUAGGUUAUUUCAACGACCAACAAGCGGCUAAAAAACUUCAAGAAGAUGGAAAAAUUUACAACGGAGCCCAACAAUUCAAUCAGCAAGGCCAAAACGCAAACGAAAAUAAACAACAAUUAGGACAUAAAAAGGGUCACGUUGUAAAAGGAUUCAAAUCAUCCCAUCAUAAAGACGAAACUGGAAAAACCGAAGAAUUUUACGAUGAGGCUCACGAUGAAGGAGACAAUUUCAAUUUUAGAGGACAAAAUGGGAAAUACGGGGAAGGUUCUCAAUUAUCAGUCAAAGGAGGACAUGAUGAUAGUUUUUAUAACGCCGAUGAACGCAAGAAACAAGGUCAUUAUGAUGGGCAACAAUACAUUAAUAAAAACAACGCCGAUCAAGGACAAUACGGUCAAAAUAAAUACAUUGGAAACGGGCAGAUUUACGGUGUUAAUAACGGGGUUGAUCAACAAGCCCUUUUGGGACACCAAGAACAUAAUCGAUUGUAUAAACAACACCCUUAUUAUUCACAUUUUUAUUAAAUUGUUAAAAUUUUUGUAAAAAUGAUUCGAUAUGAAAAUAAAGUUAAAUAACAUUAAAAA